AUGAGCAACCGGACGCUGCUGACGGAGUUCAUCCUGCAGGGCUUCUCCGACGUGCCGCGGCUGCGCGGGCCCUUCUUCGCGCUCUUCCUCUGCCUCUUCGCGGCGGCGCUGGGCGGCAAUCUCCUCAUCGUGGCGGCCAUCGCCUCCAGCCCGCGGCUCCACACGCCCAUGUACUUCUUCCUGGUCAACCUGUCUGUGCUGGACGUCACCUGCACGUGCACCGUGGUGCCCAAGCUGCUGGACAUCCUGCUGGCCGAGAGGAGGAGCAUCUCCUACGGGGGCUGCAUGGCCCAGAUGUACUUCCUGUCGUGGUCGGUGGCGGGGGAGGUGCUGCUCUUCACGGCCAUGGCCUACGACCGCUACGUGGCCAUCUGCCGGCCGCUGCGCUACGGCUCGCUCAUGAGCCCCAGGGUGUGCGCGGCGCUGGCCGGCGCCGUGUGGGGCAUCAGCGUGCUGGGCGCCGGGGUCAACACCUGCCUGAUGACGCGGCUCAGCUUCUGCGGGCCCAACGUGGUCGAUCACUUCUUCUGCGAGAUCCCCCCAGUGCUGGUGCUCUCCUGCUCCUCCACGCUCGUGAACGACGUCAUGGCCGUGAUGGCCGACAUCUUCUUCGCCAUGCUGAACUUCCUGCUCACCGUGGUGUCCUACGGCUUCAUCAUCUCCACCAUCCUGAAGAUCCGCACAGCCGAGGGGAAGCAGCGAGCCUUCUCCACCUGCUCCUCCCACCUCACCGCCGUCACCUUGUACUACUCCACCAUCAUCUACACCUACCUGAGCCCUGGCUCCAGCUACUCCCCAGGGAUGGGCAAGGUCAUGGCCGUACUGUACUCCACUGUGAGCCCCACCCUGAACCCUCUCAUCUACUCCCUCAAGAACAAGGAGGUCAAGGCAGCCCUCAGGAAAGUCUUGACGCUCGUGGUCAAAAGCCUGUAA